AUGGCUGGCAGCUGGAAGAUGGUCGUCAGUCUUCUGCUCGUGCUUCCACUCCUUCCGUUGGCCUCCUCGUCCAUGGUGUUCAAGCUUGGCGGCAGCGUCUACCUUACAGAACACUUCUACGUGACCAUGAACAUCGGGGACCUGGCGAAGCCCUACUUCCUGGACAUCGACACCGGCAGCAACCUCACCUGGCUCGAGUGCCACGACAACAAUGGUCCCUGCAACACUUGCAACAAGAUGCAGAACUCCAAGAAGGCCCCCAAGCGGGUGCCGGUCGAUGGCAUCCUUGGGCUUGGAAGGGGCUCGGUAGACCUCGUCUCGCAGCUGAAGCACAGUGGAGCCGUCUCCAAGAAUGUGAUAGGCCAAUACCUCAGCUCAAAGGGAGGGGGCUACCUCUUCAUUGGGGAAGAGAAUGUGUCCUCUUCACAUGUAACCUGGGUCCCCAUGGCUCCAACAGCACCCGGGGAACCUAAUCACUACUCGCCGGGCCAAGCAACCCUGCACUUGGAUAGAAACCCGAUAGGCACAAAGCCGUUGAAGGCGAUCUUCGACAGUGGCAGCACUUACACCUUGUUGCCUGAGAAUCUACAUGCUCAGCUCGUUUCUGCGCUGAAGGCCUCUCUCAGCAAGUCAUCACUCAAACAGGUGUCUGAUACUGAUACUGCACUGCCUCUAUGCUGGAAAGGACCUAAACCUUUCAAAACUGUGCACGACCUCCCGAAAGAAUUCAAGUCACUGGUCACUCUGAAAUUUGACCAUGGAGUCACCAUGACUAUCCCUCCUGAAAACUACCUCAUUAUCACUGGGCAUGGGAAUGCAUGCUUUGGCAUUCUUGAACUGCCAGGCUUCGAUCUGUUCGUGAUUGGAGGCAUCUCAAUGCAGGAGCAGCUUGUGAUUUACGACAAUGAGAAAGGGAGGCUUGCAUGGAUGCCAUCACCGUGUGAUAAAAUGCCCAAGUCCAAAGCUGCGAUCAUUUCGCGCAUCUGA